ACUCUCUGCAUUUGCCUACCUACCUACCCUCUUCUCAAUUUCUCGACAGCCUAUAUCUACCGACUCCGUGACCGCCCUCUUUCCCCCUCUCCCUCCCUCUCUUCUGCUGCCGCCCACCCAAUUGCACUGCGCCAUGCAAGGGAUCGCCACAUCGACGACAGCCGCGAUGCUGUCCCGACAGCUCGUGCGCCGCCGACCCGUCACGGCCGCCGCCGUGGCUAGAAUCGUCGCGCAGCGCACCUACGCCACGCCAGCCGGUCCGCCGACUAAGGGCUUCCGAGUUCCUCCACCGAAGAAGUGGGACGAGCAGGAGGAGACUCUCCUCGACAGCAACGGCCGGUACUUCCUUAUGACCGAGAUAUUCCGCGGCCUAUAUAUCACGCUAGAGCAAUUCUUCCGACCACCAUACACCAUCUACUAUCCUUUCGAGAAGGGCCCCAUUUCUCCCCGUUUCCGUGGCGAGCAUGCCCUGAGGCGGUAUCCCUCAGGCGAGGAACGGUGUAUUGCCUGUAAGCUCUGCGAAGCGAUCUGCCCGGCGCAGGCCAUCACCAUCGAGGCGGAGGAGCGAGCCGACGGGUCUCGGCGGACAACCCGCUACGACAUAGACAUGACCAAGUGCAUCUACUGCGGCUUCUGCCAGGAGUCGUGUCCGGUAGACGCGAUCGUGGAGUCGCCUAACGCGGAAUACGCUACCGAGACGAGAGAAGAGUUGCUGUACAACAAGGAGAAGCUGCUAGCGAACGGGGACAAGUGGGAGCCGGAGCUAGCGGCUGUCAUCAGAGCAGACUCGCCCUACAGAUAAUCGGCCGACGGGGAAAGGAAAAGAGGAUUAAAAAAAGGAGGGGAGGGGGAAAGAUGUCUUAGAGCAGCUGCACUACAACGACGUCUUGUAAAUACCAACCAACUAUCGAGUCCCAUGAAGGGCAAUGGACGUGUUCCGUGGGUGAGCCGGGAGUCAUCAGCGCCGCCUUUGUCUCUGUGCGUCUGGUGGUGUCCAACCUGCUUGGCUGCGCCUAGGUCGGGUGCCCAUUUCCAUUGCGGCUAGGAGGAGGGGGGACAGGGACAGCAUUCCAUUUAUCGUGCAUUGCUUGGAUGGGGAUGGGCUCGACGUACCGAGGAGGGUACCUGCAACGAGGGAGUGGGUCUUCUGAUUACGUGCAUAUUUCUGGCUAGCCAGGUGGCAGGCCGGUGACGUGCUGUGGCUCGCAGCUGGCCGCUGACAUAUCCGAGCCUCUGUUGUGGGCAAUACUUCAUAGAUACUGUAGAUACGUAUGGCUGGUGCAGGGCUGAGUUGUUCGUGGCGGUGGCUGUGAUCACGUGCACCUAGCUGUGCAGGCACUCCCCUCCAGCGCCCGUUAGCUCCGCGGGUUCGGAUGCAAAUGACGAGAAAUUUAUUAUCACUGC